AUUGGGCCCAACGCCGUGGUAGGCCCACGAGUGCGCAUUUACGCAGGCGCUCGGGUGUGUAAUAGUAUAGUGCUGGCCGAUGCGUUAAUCGAAGAGAAUGCCUGCAUCAUCAAUGCGAUAGUAGGCAAGAACUGUGUGGUGCGGCAAUGGGCGCGUGUACAGGGAUCGUACUCGGACAAGAAAGACGAAGUCUUCUUCAAAGACGGGAUGAAGCUGCCGGGCAUUGCGUCACUGGGUGUGUCUACACGGUGUAUUGAGUAG